AGAAGCCUGCAUCCUUCUACGGUACAGGUCCACAAAAAAGAGCCUUACGAAGACAAAAGCAAUAAAGGACGAGGCAAAAACAACAAGAUCAAGGAAGAUGGUGCUUGAAGCAGUAAAAGUGUUAUAUUGUGCAAAAUGCGGGAUGCCUCCGGAGUAUUGCGAGUACGGACCCGAUUUCGAGCGGUUGUGCGAACCAUGGCUGAAAAAAUACCACCCCGGUAUGCACGUCACUCUUAAGGCACUCCGUGGCGACACCAGCAGCGACAACGACGAGGAGGAAGAACCCGUGCCAGAAAAGCCAGCGGAACCAUGGACCACCGAAGAGAGACUGACCAAAUUCUACGAACUGUACGUGCCAGAGAAAGUGUCCGACGUUCCCUCACUUCUUGAAAAAUACGCCGGGAAAGAGGAGAAAUUGUUCAUAGCACUGAGCAAGAAAUAUGGCCCUGAGCCCGAAGACCCAUAUUACAUGUCAGACAACGAGGACGAAGACGAGAGUGAGGACCUCGCCAAAGAUAUGGACAAUCUUCAGGUUGGAGGAAAAAAAAGGAGAGGAGUCAAAGCAAAAAAGUCGGUCAAAUCCGAAACCCGAGUAUUGAUCCAAAAGCUCACUCGAUCCAAAAGAAAAGCAACUACUGUUAUUGUUGGCAUGGAAACCGUGGAAGGAAUCAAAUUAAAAGACGCUUCCAAGGCAUUUUCGAAACGAUUCGCUGGAAGUUCUAGUGUAAAAGACGGUGUCAAGGGGAAAGAAAUCAUCAUUCAAGGAGAUCACAUGGAGGAUGUUGCAGCUAUGAUUGUGGACAAGUUCAAGGUUCCUGGCGACUGUGUGUUUUUGGAUUUUGAUGGAGGUGUCGUGCCCUACCAAUAGAAGAAUUGGAUAUAUGGUAGACUCUAAUAUCUGCAAGGAAUUGAAUUCACACAAAAUGUUUGCAUUUGAGGAUUUACAAAUUUAGUUUGCCGCGUUUUCGGUGUUCGUGGAUAAGAUAGGGUCUACAAUUGGAGCGUAGGAUAAAUAUGCUAGCAACGGAUGAACACUGCCAUACUAUAGGAUGGCCUCUUACGCUUUUGAGAAGUAAAAUUAUGCGAUUUUAUGGUUGCCAAAGGCACAUCUCACAAUGAGCGCUCCCCUUAUUACGAAACGUACAGCGUUCACAAGACCAUUCUUCGUCGCCGCUACCAUUGGCUGUGAGAUCGAUCACAUUAUGAUUUCCGAUUGAAGCAUUACGUUGUUGUUGCGAUAAGACGAGGUCGUUUCUUUCGGUGUCGGGUCGUUUUCUCUUUCGGUUCUGGAUUGCACAUUGUGACUUUCCAGCAGCAGAGACUGAAGGAUUUUUACUGUCGUCGUCGUCGUCGUCGUCGUCAUCGUCCAAUAUUUCAAUGACGCACGGCUCUUGCGAUCGCUCGAUCAUCCGACGCAUUCGUAGCAUUUGUCGCUUUCUCGACUCCGCAGCGUUGGCGAUAAGCGAUCGCAGCUCGUGCUGGCUCCUCCCGGCUCCGGCAACACCGCCCAAUUUGCGUCCAUUUGCAGUAUCUUCGUUCAGCAAGCGACUCUUUCCCGAAAGAUUCCUCCCACCCAGACGAUACCCUCCUGUCUGUGGCAAGGGACCACUCAUAGAACCGGCUGCAAUAGAAAUAUUGUUUGUACCCGCCGUUUCCCCCGGUCUCCGUUCGUUUCGCUGUCGUACGGCAUCCGCAUUUGCGGGCCUCAGAAACGAAGGCCCCGACAAUCCAUGAAUCUGAAUCGUGGCAUGUUCCUCGAGAAUCUCUUCCAUCAGCUUGAAAAAACCAGGCCCAUGGUUUUGAUGAACGCAAUGGCUGAGCUCGUGGGCCAUUGUUCCAGCGACGUCUUCCCAGGGCAGGAGUAGAUGAUCGAUGGGGCGACGCAACCGCAAAUGGAUUGAAUGUGAUUUGAUCCGCCCAAAUGUCGUUUGGUUGUACCCCAAUACGUUGUUGCUCAUCCGUCGGCAUUUUCCCUUUUUUCGUCCCCUCACAACGCAGUGAUCAAGCCCAUCCCC